UCUGGUCCUCUGGUCCUCCUCUUCCUCCUCCUGCUCUUCCUCCGGCCGGUUCCCUGCAGAGUCCCGGCUCCACCAUGUCCUUGGCGUUCUGUGGGAAUGAGAAUAACUCGGUGGCAUACAACGUCGACGGAGGGGUUCUAAACAACGGCUGUUUUCUGGAUGCGCUAAAUGUGGUGCCACAUGUUUUCCUCCUCUUCAUCACCUUCCCCAUUCUCUUCAUCGGCUGGGGCAGUCAGAGUUCAAAGGUCCACAUCCACCACAGCACCUGGCUUCACUUUCCUGGUCACAACCUGCGCUGGCUCCUCACCUUUGUCCUGCUCUUCAUCCUCAUCUGCGAGAUUGCAGAGGGCAUUUUCUCUGAUGGGUUUAGCCAAUCCCUCCACCUGCACCUGUACAUGCCUGCAGCUUUGGCCUUCAUGGCUGGCAUUACCUCUAUUGUCUACUAUCAUAACAUCGAGACCUCCAACUUCCCCAAACUACUGUUAGCCCUGCUGAUCUACUGGGUGCUGGCCUUCAUCAUGAAGACUAUAAAGUUUGCCAAGUACACCGAGCAUGGCAUCGGCCCCAGGCAGCUACGCUACUGCAUCACCGGACUGCUGGUGCUGCUGUAUGGACUCCUACUAGCUGUGGAGAUCAAUGUCAUCCUGGGAAGGCGCUACAUGUGUUACGCCGAGCCCAAAGAGGUGAAGCCCCCCGAGGACCUCCAGGACCUGGGUGUUCGUUUCCUGCAGCCCUUCGUCAACCUGUUGUCCAAAGCCACCUACUGGUGGAUGAACACCUUCAUUACCGCCGCUCACAGACGACCCAUAGACCUCAAGGUGAUCGGCAAACUGCCCAUCGCCAUGCGAGCCCUCACCAACUACAUAAAGCUACGCAAGGCCUUCGAAGACCAAAAGAGGCCUCAGGGCACAGCACCCCAGAGCCCAAAGAUGAUCUGGCAGGCCUUGAGGAAAGCAUUUGGCAGACCGCUCAUUCUCAGCAUCACAUUCCGCUUCCUGGCUGACCUGCUGGGCUUCGCCGGCCCUCUCUGCAUUUCCGGCAUCGUCCACAACAUCAGCAAGGACAACCGCACCAUUCAGCAGCCGAUAAGGUUGCUGGGGAUCAAUUUCAUUUCCUCCAAGGAGUUUCUGGAGAAUGCAUAUGUGCUGACUGUGCUGCUCUUCUUCGCCCUGCUCCUUCAGAGGACCUUCCUCCAGGCCUCCUACUAUGUGGCCAUUGAAACGGGCAUCAACCUGCGCGGGGCCAUUCAGACAAAAAUCUACAACAAGAUCACACGUCUGUGCACCUCCAACAUGUCCAUGGGCGAGUUAACUGUUGCUCAGAUCUGUAACCUGGUCGCUAUAGAUACCAACCAGCUCAUGUGGUUCUUCUUCCUCUGUCCUAACCUGUGGGCCAUGCCAGUACAGAUUAUUCUGGGAGUGAUCCUGCUCUACUACCUCUUGGGAAUCAGUGCCUUGAUUGGAGCAACCGUCAUUGCUGUGUUAGCUCCUGUACAAUACUUUGUGGCCACCAAGCUGUCCCAAACACAAAAGAGCACCCUGGAAUACUCCAGUGAACGUCUAAAGAAGACCAAUGAGCUGCUGCGGGGCAUCAAGCUGCUGAAGCUGUACGCCUGGGAACACAUCUUCUGUGACAGUGUGGAGGAGACCAGGGGCAAAGAGCUCACCAGCCUGCGGGCCUUUGCUCUUUACACAUCCAUCUCCAUUUUCAUGAAUGCAGCCAUUCCCAUCGCAGCUGUGUUGACGACGUUUGUGGUUCACGUUCACAUCUCCGAGGACGCUGAUCUGUCCCCAGCUGUGGCCUUUGCUUCUCUGUCCCUCUUUCACAUCCUGGUCACCCCCCUCUUCCUGCUCUCCAGUGUGGUGCGCUCCACUGUCAAGGCUCUUGUUAGUGUUCAGAAGCUCAGCGAGUUUUUCUCAAGUGAUGAGAUUGGAGACGAACAGGAGCCCAGAGCAAUGGUAACCUCUGGCUCCAGCAAUCACAACCAAAAUAGAUACCAGGCUGUGCCGCUGAAGGUGGUGAACCGGAAGCGCCCUCCGAGGGACGACUGGAACAACUACAGCUCACAGGGGGACCACGAGGGCGACAGACCCUACCAGGAGGUGGACCAAGACAUCUGUAUCAAGAUAACUAGCGGUUAUUUCACCUGGACCGAUGGACCACCAACACUUUCUAAUGUGGACAUCAAGAUUCCUUUUGGUAAGCUGACUAUGAUUGUGGGCCAGGUGGGUUGUGGAAAAUCGUCUCUGCUGCUGGCAGCGCUGGGAGAGAUGCAGAAAGUGUCAGGAACAGUCACCUGGAACAGCCUGCCAAACCUGGAGUCUGAGGGAGAUGAAAGUCCCACGGACAGAGAUGCAGCAGGUGACGGAGAAAUCAGGAAGAGAGGCGCUGUGGCCUACGCUUCCCAGAAGCCCUGGCUGUUGAAUGCGACACUGGUGGAGAACAUUACCUUUGAGAUGCCCAUGAUCAAACCGAGGUACAAUGCUGUCAUCGAGGCCUGCUCUCUCCAGCCUGACAUUGACAUCCUUCCACAAGGGGACCAGACAGAGAUUGGGGAGCGGGGUAUCAUCCUGUCAGGGGGACAGAAACAGCGUAUCAGCGUUGCCAGAGCCUUGUACCAACAGACCCACGUGGUCUUUCUGGAUGACCCAUUCUCUGCUUUAGACAUCCAUCUGAGUGACCAUCUGAUGCAGGACGGUCUGCUCAAGCUCCUGAGAGAGGAGAAGAGGACGGUGGUGUUGGUCACACACAAACUUCAGUAUCUACCACACGCAGACUGGAUCAUUGCCAUGAAAGAUGGUACUAUCCAGACUGAAGGGACUCUGAAGGACAUCCAGAACUCUGAGCCUGAACUCUUUGAGCAAUGGAAAACGCUGAUGCACAGACAGGACCAGGAGUUUGAGACGGAGACGGAGGCGGCGAGUAUGACAGAUCUGGAGAGGAAAAACCUGCGCAGGGCCAUGUACUCCAGAGACGCCGCCAGGACUGAAGAGGACGAGGAAGAGGAAUCCCUGGAGAGUGACGAUGACGACGACCUGUCGCAGGUUAUGCGUCAGCGUGCCACCAUCCCCUGGCGCUCCUGCGGCACCUACCUGUCCUCCGCCGGGGUCCUCCUGCUCAUCCUGCUCCUCCUGUCACAGCUGCUCAAACACUCCCUCAUGGUCGCCAUCGACUACUGGCUGGCACACUGGACGUCACAUGUCAUCGCGGCCAAGGUGGUAACAACAGCUCGGAACUGUACCGUCGUUCAGGGAUGUGGCUUCAGUCACUCGUGGUAUCUGUCAGUGUUCAGCGUGCUGUGCUGCUUGGGCAUCGUCCUGUGUCUGUUCACCUCCGUGGCUGUGGAGUGGACCGGCCUCAAAGUGGCCAAGGAGCUCCACCACAACCUACUCAACAAGAUCAUCCUGGCCCCCAUGAGGCUGUUUGAGACGACUCCGCUCGGCAGCAUCCUCAACAGGUUUUCCACAGACACAAACACAAUCGACCAGCACAUCCCCACCACCCUGGAGUGCCUCUCCCGCUCCACCUUGCUGUGUGUGUCUGCUCUGGGCGUCAUCUGCUACGUGACCCCCAUCUUUCUCAUCGCCCUCCUGCCACUGGCCGUCACCUGCUACUUCAUCCAGAAAUACUUCCGGGUGGCCUCAAGGGACCUGCAGCAGUUGGAGGACAGCACCCAACUCCCUUUACUCUGCCACUUCUCUGAGACAGUGGAAGGCCUCACCACUAUAAGGGCCCUCAGGUAUGAGCCCAGGUUCAGACAGAGGUUACUGCAGUACACUGACGCCAACAACAUCGCCUCUCUCUUUCUCACAGCAGCCAACCGUUGGCUGGAGGUCCGCAUGGAGUACAUUGGAGCGUGUGUGGUGUUGGUGGCAGCUGUAGCCUCCAUCACCAACUCUCUCUACAACCAGCUGUCCACCGGUCUGGUGGGGCUGGGACUGACGUACGCCCUCAUGGUAUCCAACUACAUGAACUGGAUGGUGCGUAACCUGGCAGACAUGGAAGUACAGCUUGGCUCAGUCAAAAGGAUAAACGGCCUGCUCAAAACUCAACCAGAGAAUUACGAGGGACUGCUCACUGUGUCUCAGGUCCCUGACGGCUGGCCCCGAGAGGGAGAGAUCAAGAUCCAGAAUCUGAGCGUCCGGUACGACGCCACGCUGAAGCCUGUGCUCAAAAAUGUGAACGCACACAUCAACCCUGGGCAGAAGGUGGGGAUCUGUGGCAGGACAGGCAGCGGCAAAUCAUCUUUCUCCUUGGCCUUCUUCCGCAUGGUGGACAUGUUUGAGGGGAGGAUUGUGAUCGACGACAUCGACAUCUCCAAGCUGCCUCUACAGACCCUCAGGUCUCGCUUGUCCAUUAUCCUCCAAGACCCCAUCCUGUUCAGCGGUGCCAUCCGGUUCAACCUAGACCCAGAGAUGAAGGCUACAGAUGAGAUGCUCUGGGAAGCUCUGGAGAUCGCUCAGCUGAAGCCUGUUGUUAAAUCCCUCCCAGGAGGCCUGGAUGCCAUGGUGACGGAGGGAGGAGAAAACUUCAGUCAGGGUCAGAGACAGCUGUUCUGUCUGGCCAGAGCCUUCGUCAGGAAGAGCAGCAUCCUCAUCAUGGACGAAGCCACUGCGUCCAUAGACAUGGCAACGGAGAGCAUCCUGCAGAAAGUGGUGAUGACUGCCUUUGCUGACCGAACAGUGGUUACUAUAGCACAUCGUGUCCACACCAUCCUGAAUGCCGACCUGGUGAUUGUGAUGAAGAGGGGGGUGAUCCUGGAGUAUGACAGGCCCGAGGCCCUGUUGGACAAGGACGACAGCGUCUUCACCUCCUUCGUGCGAGCAGACAAGUAGCACAAGAAAAGAGAGAGGAAGCAUUAGAGGAAGACAUUCAAAGUGCAAUUGUCCCAUGGAAUAUAUUCCUUUUUUUUAUUUUUUAAUCAUGUAUAAUAUUUGUACAUACAACAUAGUUAAUUCUUUGUUAAUAAAACAUAAAUGAUCA